AUUUAUUUAUAUUUUAAUGUCAGCACAUGCUAAGACAGAGGUCCGUUUUAGUGCUUGCUUAUGAAUUAUUUCCAUCUCUUGAAUCCUGAGGAAACUGUUAAAUAAGAGAGUAAUGAUUUUAGGUGAGUGGAAAAGCAUGGUGGAGUUUUUUGGUUUGUAAGCACUCUUGGUGGCAUAGUGAGCAGUGAGCUCUUCUUUCCUCUGUAGGUUACACCAUGACAUCAGACCAGCCCCUCUUCCGCUUCUGCACUAAAACCCCCACCAAAAAAACAGAGAGAGAUCAUAGAUUAAUAUAGGAGAAGAAUGUAGGUCAAAUUACUGUGUGCAUCUUGACUCAGUAAUGUGAAUGCGCUCUCUUUAUUUUCCCCUUCAUAAAUGUAGUAUUAGUUAUUUCACUUUACAAACGGGGAAAUUAAACAAAGUGUUUGUUCCCCUGUGUGUUUGUUUAUGUUUUGUGGCAUGGGGAGUUCCCACCAACUGGAGGCUGGGUCUCCACUGUACUCAAUCUCUGGUGUCACUUUACAGUUGUGUAAAAGGGAAGUUAGAGGGGGUGUGUGUGUGUGUGGGAUGUAUAUUCUUUGUUUCACUCUCAGCCUCUUCGAUAUUUAGUUUUGAGCUUCAACGAGGGUGACAUCUCUCUCUUUUUCUCUCUCUUACUUGCUCUCUAAUUUCACCACAAUUCUUUUCAGCUAAAGAAUGAAAGGACCGGAGCUUGUAGAUUCGACGAGUCGUUUUCGAUUCGCUGAAUCGUGUCUGGGUUUAGUGGGCUGCGUAUGCAUCAGUUAUGCUGUUUGGACCCCUGACUGGUUGGAUGAAAAGGGACUGUGGUCCAGGGGAAACGAGUCCAAUCCAGCUGUCAGCUGGACGCAAAGGCAUGCAAUCCAUGGUCUAGGGCCUCAAAACGUGUUUGCUGCCCUUUCUUUCCUCAUGGCUGUAAGCUCUGGGAUUCUGUGUCUCCUGUUUGCAUUCUGCUGGACGUCAAAGACCGUGCUCUCUUACUCCAACACACGCUCGCUGCUGAUGGCAGGCCAGGCACUUUACCCCACCACCCUUCUGCUCAUCACACUGCUACCGACAGGGUUUUUCUUUCUCCUAAGUUGGGCGCUCUUCACCAGUCAACAUAUUGCUUAUAUCCGAGAUGACCUGACACGCCUGGGCUCUUCCUAUUGGCUGGGUGCUGUGGGCUGGGCUCUGCUGUUGGCUGUUCUGCCAGUGGUGUUCCUGGUGGAGCAGUGUGUCGUACCUGACAUACUGCCCGAGCUGAAGAAGAAGACUGAGUUGUGGUGGAAGGGAUUCGAGGUGGCACACACACGCUCGUUCAGUGACAGCUACCAGCACAGCGCUGAACACUUUAACCAUGAGUACAAGAGAUACACAUCCAUGCCCUAAGGGAGACAGCAGCAUCAAAUAUCACUGCUGUUUAAAUAUCUUCACUGUUCAGCCACUGAAAGGCUGAGUGUGGGUCCAUAGCCAGGUGACCAAGAAUCUUGUGCCUUUGCACACAGGAAGCUGCCUAAGGGUUCACUCAGCUUGAAGAUACAUGGAUUUUUCCAUUACAGAGGCUCAGAAGGCUAUGGCUAAAUUAUUGCACUUUACAGAGGAACUGUCAGAAGUAAUAGCCUGAAGAAAAAAAAAUGACUCAUAUUCAUUUGCAAGCAGACAUUACAAGACUCUGUUGCUUUCAAAUUCUCUAUCGAACUUUUAUUAUGCACAUUCAGUUUCACAGAUUACUGAAUUAAGUACACACUACUAUAACUUAGUGUAAACUUGUUUUAAAGGAGAAACCCACCUGAAAUACAUAUAUGUUUAUAAAAUAUGUUUGUAUUGAAAUGUGUGAUGUGCUUAGUGAUUCAGGUGCUAAUUUAUUGGUUGGUGUUAUAUUUUCAUUGUUCCUGUGAGAAGUUAGCAUUGUGUGCAGUAAUGACAUCACAGGGGGACAUUGCUAACACAGUUACAAUGACGUUUAAUAGGGGGAAAAAUUCCAACAAUCUCAAACCUAAGUGAUAACAACAACAACAACAAUAAUAAUAAUAAUAAUAAUAAUGAUAAUAAUAAUAAUAAUAAUUAGUUGUCAUAUAAUAGAAGUGUAGACAUAGCAGAGACCACAAACAUUGGACUCAGGAUGCAAUGCAGAUAAUGAUGCAGUUGCACCGAGUUACAAUAGAGACUUGUCACACAUUGAUUAUAUAUACUAUAUUAUGAAAGUCAUUAUGCAAGUCAUUCAGAGUGGAUUUUGCCUUUAAGUGAAUGACUUUCAAACCACAUUUAUAUAAUUCAUUCUGAACUCUAAAGGACACCUCAACCAGUCCAAAUUUUACUCUUGUAUCUAUGCACCCUUCACUGUACAGUUGUUAUUGAAUAAUAUCCCUUAGGGUGCAUAAGUGACUAGUAAGCAGGGAACAUUUAGUACAUUUUGUAAUUUGGUGCAUAUAUUAAUAAUAAUAACAAUUAUUAAAUGAAUAAUCCAGAGAGAAAGUUUGUAGUUUUAACCUUUGGCCAAAUCUUAGUAGCUUGAUUGUCAUGAAUGUUUUCGUAUGAUAUCAUGGUUAGGAAUUGCCAUACCAGGGCUAAAUGAUUGGUGGCACUAGCACCCUCAUAUGGUUUGUCUGUGUUACAACAUGCCCCAAAAUUUCUGACUAUUGUAACAUGCAAUAAUCAAAUGUUUUAAAUCAAUUCUUGAUUCACUUUUGGAAUUUAGUCAUUUGCAAUGAUAAUACAGUUUAUAGUAAUUAUAUGUAAACACAGUAAAUAAUAAAAUAAAUAUACCCAAUAUACUGUACUCUUGCUUUUAUUAAGUGUAAUAAUAAAAAGUGUUGUGUGUUACGAAACGGGACAGGAGCAGAAGCAUGUGCAGAUAAGCGUCUUUAUUUUGAAACUUAAAUCAAUAAACAGGAAACGCGGUCUCUACUGGACAAGAUUAGCGGGUUAAACAUAAAACAGAAGUCAAGGCAUCGAACGAGAACAGGACACGGAACUAAGACCGCUUGGCAUGCGUAACGUCUUCACCAUUACACUCAAAGGUUCAAAUAAUACUGCGCAAAGUACAACGUAACACGAUGGGUUUAAAUAGCAAACACAAUCAAACUAAAACAUAGACACCUGGGGCAAAUAUAGACACACCCUCAAUCAUAAACCAAUACCUGAACAGGAAGAGAACAAAACCAAAACAAAGGCACGUGUCCAUAUUAAACAGUCCUCUCUAUGUAAUCUCGUGCACGCGCGUGCUCUGCAGCAGUCUGUGCACUUCGACGCCGUAGCACCAUCUGCCGGCGGGAACGUAACAUUGUGUCUGAUUAUUUGUGCUAGUUUUCUGCUUAUUACUUUCAGUCUUAUUUAAUGUGAGUGCAGAGUCUUACUAUAUAUUUGGCCUGUUUGAACUUUUUCAAAUUUAUAUGAAUUUCUCAAUAUAUCUGGUCCAAGUCAACUCAAGUCAUCAACUAAUGUCACUUAUAUUUACUCUUAUUGGGCUUAUUAAAACUCUAUGUAACAUGGACUGGUAUUAAAGGAACGUAAUCUCUUUUUGUGAA